UUGAGUGUUCAUAAAAUUUGAAAGGUUAAAGUGCAGUUGUCAAAGGAUAAAAACGUUUUGUUUAUAUUAAUUUAUUUUACCUAUAAGAAUGGAAGAAGAAAUGGUAUCGAGAUAUCACUACUUUCAAGGACAGAAUCCAGAAAAUACCAAAAUUUCUGAUAGGACCCACGCUUUACAUAUAACGGGAGGAGCUUGGAAGAAAAUUAAUACACAUUUGGAUAGGAAAAAGUUGGCUAGAGAAGUAUUAGAAAAAGAAGAGAGACACAGAGCGUAUCUGGAUGAUGGAUCUAAGGCUAUGAUUAAAAAUUGGGCUAAUUCUUUAGAGAAUAUAAGAAAACGGAAGGAUGAGGAACGUAUCCAGGCGAUAGAAAAUGAAAAAGCAGAAAGGGCCAGGAAGUUUCAUGAACUACGCAAGGAGCAGGAAGAAAUACGUAAAGCAUUUGUGGAAAAAGCAAAUAGAAAUAUCUUUAUGAAUAAAGGGAAUGCCAAACAAUUAACCAGUGCCUUCAUCAUGAGUGAAGUUUUCUAUGAGCGAGAAAGACAGAAAGAAUUCAAACAAUUUUUAAAGGAACACGAAGAGGAGGAGUAUGCACAGGAAGUUGAGAAUGUUCGAGAGGUAGCAAGGGAAGCCGCUGAAGAGGAGAAAGAACAUAUAGAGAAAGAGAAGAAAAAGAAACUGGAAAUGGGAGAAUACUUUAGAAAAGAGCUAGAAGAGAAAAACAGGAAGGAAAAAGAAAGAGCUGAUCAGAGAAGAAGAAGAGAAGAAAGGGAAUAUGCCGAUGCAUUAAACGAAAUGAAGUGCAUAGAACGAAAGACUUUAGAUAUGAAAUUAAAGAAAAAGGAGGAAUUGAUGCAACAGAUGCAAAAACUUUUGGAAGUUGAGCGGCAGAAAAAGGUAAUUUCAGAAACAGAAGAACAGGAAUUGGAUGACGUAGUACGAGCUUACCGAGCUACUAAAGAAAGGAUAGAUUGCAGAACAAAAAUGAGAGAAAAAGAGAUUAGAGAUGAAGCAAUAGAAAUAAGAAGAAAGAUGGCUGAAAAGGCAAAAGCUGAGCAAAAUGAACAGCUAGCAGAAGAAAAAAGGGAACGUAUUUUCCAAAAGGCUGUUAAAGAAUUUGAUGAACUGGCAAUACAAAAAGAUGCUGAAAAGGCCCAACGUCUUGCUCAAGAAGCAAGUGACAAGACGGAAAAUUAUAAAGAACAUUUGAAGAAAGAGGAGGAACGAAUAAAAACAGAAGCAGAAUUACGUAAAUGGGAAAUGCUGAACCGCUACAAAACCACUGAUGCUAUGGACAAAUUUGAUAAGGAUGCCAAGAUGGAACGCAGGAAUAAAAUACUGAAGUAUAGAGCUGAUCUUUUGGAACAAAUGGCAGAAAAUGAAGCAGUGAGAAAGAAAGAAGAGGAAAUCGACAAGAUUCUUACUCAGGCAAUGAGUAAAACUGACGACGAUAAAUUCUUUGCAUAUGCAGAUGAAAUUUUAGCACAAGAAAGAAAAACUGGAAGAUCAACAUAUCCAACUGAGAAAGCUAUCAUUGGUUAUAAGAAAAAUUUUAAUAUAUUGCCGAGGACAGAUAUAAAAUUUGAAGCAUACAAAACCUCUAAAGAAAGAAACGCAGUUGAUAUUUGUAAGCAGUAUGCAAAUGAAAUGCUACAAAAACGUAAAUGUAAAUGCCGACAAUCAACAAAGUAAUCACUUUAAAUCACAAAACAUUUUAUAUUAAGAAUUUCUUACAAAA